AUGCCACCCAAGGCCACCGAAAAAGCCGACAAAAUGUUCAGUGCCGAUGUUGUCGCCGCAGUGCUUUACAGCACCGGCACGACCAGUCUAUCCAUGAAGAACUAUGAGAUGAUGAGUUCGCUCGAUGGCAAGAAAUCAGCCUACGGCUUCCAGCACGACUUCCGCUCUGUCAUUGCCAAGGCCAAGGAACUCAAGGCACGGGUUGAAGGCGGCGAGGAGUUUGCGCCCGUGGCGUCUUCAGCUAAACGCGGUCCGACGACACCCGUAAGCACGUCGAGCAAGCGCAAGAACGCUGAGGUUUCAGACGUUGACAGGACACCCUCGAAGCCGCCUUCUCAGAAGCGGACCAAGCAGGUCAAGCAGGAAGAGGCUUCAUUGGAGGGUAAUGGCAAGGAAUCGGGUGCGGUCAAGGGCUUCAAGAACGGCAUUCCAGAGGAUUUCGAGACGUUUAUCAAGAGCGAAGCGGCUUGGGAGGAGAGAUAUGUUUAG